AUGGGGAACUACAUAUCAUGCACCUUAGCAGGACCAGGAAGCAAGAACUCGAGGGGCAUAAAGGUAAUUUUCCCAAGUGGGGAAAUCCAGCAGUUCCAAGAACCAAUCAAAGCAGCAGAGCUUAUGCUUGAGAUGCCAAGCUUCUUUGUUGUGAACACAAGAUCUCUUCAGAUUGGAAGAAGGUUCUCAGCACUGAAUGCUGAUGAAGAACUUGAGUUCAGCAAUGUCUAUGUAAUGAUUCCAAUGAAGAAACUAAACUCAGCAGUCUCAGCAGCUGAUAUGGGUGCCUUGUUGAUCACGGCAAACGCCGCGGCCAAAAGGGCAUCCGGUGGUAGAAAGGUUAGGAUGAUCAUGCCAGAGUAUGAUGCUGAUUCGAGGGAGAAUGAUAUGAGAAUAAUGGAAUCACCAUCACAACCAAAGUUGAAUUUGGAUGAUAUUGAAGAGUAUUCUAGCCCUGAGGUUAUGCACAGAUUGUCCUUGUGCAGGUCAAAGAAGCCAUUACUUGAAACCAUAGCAGAAGAACCUGUGUGUUCAAGAUGA